AUGCUCAUUGGAGUCUGCGGCGGUAUCUGUGCCGGCAAACAUGCCAUCCAGGACUAUCUCAUUGACAGACACGGCUUUCAACCCCUGACAUUGACUCGGGCAGCCGCAACGCCGAGUGUAGAGAAGUCAGCAUCAGAUGUACAUGUUCCGGAAAUGAAGGACUCAACCCUCUCAAUAUCAACCUUCACCCACGUCAGCGAGCUGGUCGACUUCGUAACGAAGAACUGGCAGACCGAUUUCGUCACCACCUGCAUCCACGACGAGGCAAUCGUCGACGCCCUAUCCCACCGCCCCUUCUUCAUCCUCGUCCACGUCGACGCCCCGAUUUCCAUCCGAUGGCAGCGCUUCAAAGACCGCUGUGCCCGCGCCUCCCUAACGCCGCCCACGCUCGAACAAUUCGUGCUGAGAAAUGACCAACACCUCUAUGACCCCGCCGCAGGCCUCGCAGCCCUGGCAUCGCGAGCCCGCAUCAAACUCCUCAACAACACCACCUCGCUAACCACCCUCCACACCUCCCUCGACACCCUCAACCUCACAGAUCAAAGCCGCCUUCGCCCCACCUGGGACCACUACUUCAUGACCCUCGCUUCACUCGCCGCGCGCCGCAGCAACUGCAUGCGCCGCCAAGUCGGCUGUGUUCUGGUGCGCGAGAAGCGCGUCAUGUCGACGGGGUACAACGGCACUCCCCGCCACAUCACCAAUUGCAACGAAGGCGGGUGUUCGCGGUGCAACGGGGGAGGCGGAGGCGGCACCGGCCUGGCGACAUGUCUCUGUAUCCACGCGGAGGAGAACGCGCUGCUGGAAGCCGGGCGGGAGCGCGUGGGAGGCGGAGCGGUGCUGUACUGCAAUACGUGUCCCUGCUUGACGUGCAGCAUCAAGAUUGUGCAGGUGGGCAUCACGGAGGUGGUGUUUAGCCAGAGCUACUACAUGGACGCCGAGGCGGCGAAGCUGUUUGAGAAGGCGGGCGUGAAGCUGCGGCAGUUCUCGCCGCCCAAGGAGGGCUUGGUGAGUCUUUGCGAUGACCAUGCCGCCGCCCUCACGUUCGACACGAAAGCAUUUACAAAUGGACACGCGGGCAUUGGGAACUCGCAGGCAUGA